GUCCGACACUUUUUGGCCCGGUACCAUACAGUGUUCUCUUGAAAGGGCGGACUGUGUUAAACUUUUGUCAGCUACAUAUCAAGCGUGACUGUAGUUGGUGUGUUGUAUUCUCGGUGCGCCCAGCUCGUCAUGUCGGACACAUGGAGCAACAUCCAGGCGCACAAAAAGCAGCUGGACUCUCUGCGGGAGAGGCUGCAGCGGCGACGGAAAGACCCGGCGCAGCUGUCCGCGGAUGGUGCGUGCAGCACUGAUGCUUCUACAGCCAGGAGUGACAGCCCCACGCCCUCAGCUCCACUCGUCUCUCAGGAGGAGACAGAAAAACCACCAGACCCCGACCUCGAGAAGAGGCUGCUGGGAUAUCUGUCUGAUCUGAGCCUUUCCCUGCCUACAGACUCCCUUGCCAUCACCAAUGAACUCAACAGUUCUGAAACAGCUGUCAGUCACGGGUGCAUCCGGAGUCUGCUGCUCAAAUUCUCCGCUCAGGAGCUCAUUGAGGUCCGACAGCCUACCUCAGCUUCUUCUACUGCUUCAUCCUCCGCUUCCCCCUCCACAAUUGUCGUGUCCGUGGACCACACAAAACUAUGGGCUAUGAUCGGGUCUGUGGCUGGAGCCCAAAGAACGGGAGUGAAGAGAAAAGCAGAGGACCAAACACUCAGCAAAAGAACUGCCGGCUUCUCGCCUUCCCUUCAGAGUUCUGCGUCUCCUCCACGCUUGUCCUCCAUUUCCCUGACUCCGGCUUCCUCCUCGCAGAUGGCUGGGCCCUCGACGUCCGGGGGCGGCGCUGAGAAGAAGGGCAGGAGCAGUAAAAGCCAGUCGUCUCAUGUGGACAUGGAGAUCGAAAGCCUCCUGAAUCAGCAGUCCACCAAGGAGCAGCAGAGCAAGAAGGUGAGCAGAGAGAUUCUGGAGCUGCUUAACACCAGCACAGCCAAGGAGCAGUCCAUUGUGGAAAAGUUCAGGUCUCGUGGGCGAGCACAGGUCCAGGAGUUCUGCGACCAUGGGACCAAAGAAGAAUGUGUUCGCUCUGGAGACACACCUCAGCCGUGCACUAAGUUACACUUCCGUCGCAUCAUCAACAAGCACACAGACGAGAGCCUCGGCGACUGCUCCUUCCUUAACACGUGUUUCCACAUGGACACCUGUAAAUACGUCCACUACGAGAUCGACAGCCCCCCAGAGGCCGAGGGGAGCCUCCUCCCCCAAGCGGGGACCACAGAGCUCGGGCUCCACGCGGGCGACCCGGACAGUAACGUGGGCAAACUUUUCCCUUCUCAGUGGAUUUGCUGUGAUAUCCGCUACCUGGACGUCUCCAUCCUGGGUAAAUUUGCCGUAGUGAUGGCCGACCCUCCCUGGGACAUCCACAUGGAGCUGCCCUAUGGAACUCUGACUGAUGACGAGAUGAGAAAACUCAACAUCCCCAUCCUCCAGGACGACGGUUUCCUCUUCCUCUGGGUCACUGGCCGGGCUAUGGAGCUGGGCAGAGAGUGUCUCAGCCUUUGGGGCUACGAGCGUGUGGAUGAAAUCAUAUGGGUGAAAACCAACCAGCUUCAGAGAAUCAUCCGCACCGGCCGGACGGGUCACUGGCUGAACCACGGGAAGGAGCACUGCCUGGUGGGUGUGAAGGGAAACCCGCAAGGCUUCAACAGAGGAUUGGACUGUGAUGUCAUCGUGGCUGAGGUCCGCUCCACCAGUCACAAACCAGAUGAGAUCUACGGCAUGAUAGAGAGACUCUCGCCCGGCACCAGGAAGAUUGAGCUCUUCGGCCGACCCCACAACGUCCAGCCCAACUGGAUCACUCUUGGAAACCAGCUGGACGGCAUACAUCUGCUGGACCCCGAGGUCGUGGCUCGGUUUAAGAAGCGCUACCCAGACGGCGUCAUCUCCAAACCCAAAAACAUGCAGUGACAACGUGAUCAGCGUCUGGUACUUUGUGUAAAGACUGUUUUUAUUUUUUUAUACUUCUUCUUCUUUCUUUUUUUUUUUUUUUUUUAAUAAAUAAUGACAUCAA